AUGAUUAUCGCUAGGACAGCUACGCAUCUCGCAUCCGAACUGGAUGCACUUCGCUUCAAGAACGGCGCACAGCGUUGUGUCAGUUUGGUCACAACCCGAGGUGGAUUCCACGACGGACACGGCACCGUUAUCAAUGCAGCCGAUACCGUCAGCGAUAUCGUUGUUGUCGCUGUGGCGCCGGAACCCAACCAGAAAAACGGUAACUUGGUGACUGCAUCGGAAUUUCAGGACAUCAGUUUCCUGGAAAACCACCAUGUUGAUCUACUUUAUGCCCCGGCUGACGAUGAACUGUUUCCACACAGUUUCGAAUUCAUGAUCGGCGUCGCACAACCUCACGCCUGUGAUGUUGUUGAUGUGGGUGCCUAUCGACUGACCCAGCAUUUGAAACUCAUAAAUGCCGUGCUGCCCAAUAUCAUGGUCUGGGGCGAAAAGAACUUUGUCGAGUUUCACAGCGUUCGUCAGAUGAUCAACAAUCUGGAUAUACGCACACAAAUUCAAUGUGUACCGACGCUGCGCCACGCUGACGGAGUGGCCGUAUCAAGCGCCGCAGAAAACAUGACCGCUGCAGAGCGCGCCAAUCUGCCUAUCCUCUACGAAACAUUGAACAACGUUGCCCACGCAAUCCGCACCGGCGCUAGAACUUUUUCUAAUCUGGAAAAGACCGCGCGUUUAGCACUGAGGGGUGCCGGUUUACAGAUUCAAUACUUCAAAAUACUGGAUGAAGAAAACCUGGGUGCCGCCAGCGAAAAAACCACAACCUAUCGAAUCCUUGGUGGCGUUAAACUGGGUAACAUUCCAAACCUGACCGACCCGCUCACCCAGCAACCCCUUAAAAGCCUACUCAAUGACAAGCAGCGCGCACAGCGACUGCAGCAUCAGCUGGCGGGCAUUUGGUUUGAUUUCAGCAAGCAGUGGGUAGACGGGGUGGUACUGGAUGGGUUAACCGCACUCGCCCAUGACCGCAACGUGAUGUCCCAGGCAAAAGCCAUGCUGGCAGGUGAAGCCAUCAACCUUUCCGAAAAUCGAGCUGUUUUACAUAGCGCGCUACGUGGCGGAGCACCGGCUGCGGACAAAGACAUGCAGGAUCAGGUCAACAAAACCCUGAGCAGGAUGUUCAAACUGGAAGCGGAUAUCACCAGCGGCAGAUGGCGCGGCUAUACAGGCAAAGUCAUCACCGACAUUGUCCACAUCGGUAUUGGUGGUUCUCAUCUCGGUCCGGAACUGGUGGUUAACGCGCUGGUCGAUCAUAAAACGAAUAGUCUGCGCAUCCAUUUUGUGGCCAAUAUCGAUGCCGCUGAAUUGACCCGCACGCUGGCUUUGUGCCAACCGGAAACAACGCUGUUUAUCAUUGCUUCAAAGUCUUUUGGUACCCUUGAAACCCAGGUCAACGCGAAAAGCGCACGCAGCUGGUUUCUCGAGCGUACCGGCAGCCUCGAAGGCAUCGCAAAACAUUUUGUUGCUAUAACAACCAAUCUGUCCGCCGCUAAGGCAUUUGGCCUGGACGAGGCAAAUUUAUUCCCACUAUGGGACUGGGUCGGCGGCCGCUUUUCUCUAUGGUCAGCGGUAGGUUUGCCCAUCCUGAUGAGCAUCGGCAAACAGGGGUUUGAGGCAUUUCUCGCCGGCGCAAAGGAAGUAGAUACACACUUUGCCACAGCGCCUGCUGCGGCCAACGUGCCACUGCUCAGCGCAUUGCUGGCGACCUGGAAUUACAACUUUCUCGGCGCGCGCAGCCUUGCCGUGCUGGCUUAUGAUGAGCGCCUUAAGCUACUCCCCGACUACCUGCAGCAGCUCGAAAUGGAAAGCAACGGUAAAUCCGUGAACCGAGCAGGCGAGCGCGUAGAUUGCGCCACUAUGCCUAUUCUCUGGGGCGGUACGGGCACUAAAGGCCAGCACGCUUAUCACCAGAUGCUGCAUCAGGGCACGCAUGAGUUUACUGCGGAUUUCAUCAUCGUCGCACAAGAUGAACAUAAUUAUCCUGAACACCAUAACUGGUUACUGGCUAAUGCUCUGGGACAAAGCCAGGCAAUGGCCAUCGGGCAUUUGCCCGCUGAGAACGAACCUCACAAAGCCGUUGCGGGUAACCAUAGCACCACCACAAUUGUUCUGGACGCACUGGCUCCCAGGCAACUUGGCGCUCUACUGGCCACCUACGAACAUAAAGUUUUUUGCCAAGGCGCUAUCUGGGACAUAAACUCCUUUGAUCAAUGGGGGGUUGAACUCGGCAAGCGCUUGGCGGAGCCCAUCUAUGCGCAACUGGCUGGUCACACCGGCCAGCCCGCAACACAGGAUCUGGUCACCCAGCACUUGUUAGAUCACCUCAAGAACAAAAAACGAUAA